CACCACUAUUAUCACCUUCCUAAAAGCAACUUCCUCAGAUGCCUGCUCCAGUCCAGCAUAGCCAUCAUAUAUUCAUAUUCUCUCCAGCUCUUUAAUGGCUUCCUCAACAAACUUUUUCUUUCGUCUCUGCCUUUUCAUUUCCCUAGCCUUAGCAGAGACUCACGCAGCCACCUUCGAUAUCAUUAACAACUGCCCUUUCACAGUGUGGGCUGCAGCCCUCCCAGUUGGAGGUGGCCGCCGGCUCGACCAAGGCCAGAAUUGGAGCAUCAACGUGAGCUCAAACGCGACGGGCGGCCGGAUUUGGGGUCGAACCAACUGCACCUUCGAUGAAACGGGGCGUGGCCAUUGUCAGACCGGGGACUGCAAUGGUCUUCUAGACUGCAAAGCCUAUGGGACACCCCCAAACACCCUUGCCGAAUACUCCCUGAAACAAGUCAACGAUCUGGACUUCUUCGACAUCUCCCUCGUCGACGGCUUCAACGUCGCAAUGGAGUUUACUCCGACCACCGGAAAUUGCAGUGGACCUAAAUGUACGGCUGAUAUCAACCAGCAGUGUCCUACGGCGUUGAAGGCCCCCGGAGGAUGCAACAAUCCGUGCACAGUGUUCAAAACAAAUGAGUAUUGUUGCACUAGUGGGAAAUGCAAUCCAACCACUUACGCAACGUUCUUCAUAAGGAUGUGCCCUGAUGCGUAUAGUUAUCCCCUGGAUGAUCAAUCCACCACUUUCACAUGUCCUAGCGGUACUAAUUACAGGGUAGCGUUUUGUCCCUGCAGCUGCUCCUGGUUUGAUGAAAUGGCUGAUUAUGUGGCCGGGGAUGGUACAUCAUAUAAAGUUACUGUUUCCCAAUCCGAAUAGAACCUUCAUAGCCUAAAGCCCCUGUGAUGUGCAAAUUCUCAGCUUUUAUGAGCUUAUUCCUCGUUCCACGGGCCAUUGUAUCCAUUCCAAUAAUAUGAGCAAUGAACAAGUACUCCGCAUCUGUGCUUAA